AUGUCGGUGGACAUGAAUAGCCAGGGGUCUGACAGCAACGAAGAGGACUAUGACCCCAACUGUGAGGAGGAGGAGGAGGACGAGGACCCCGGGGACAUAGAGGACUAUUACGUGGGCGUCGCCAGCGACGUGGAGCAGCAGGGGGCCGACGCCUUCGACCCUGAGGAGUACCAGUUCACCUGCUUGACCUACAAGGAGUCCGAGGGCGCCCUCAACGAGCACAUGGCCAGCCUGGCCUCUGUCCUCAAGGUGUCUCAUUCAGUUGCUAAACUUAUAUUAGUUAAUUUCCACUGGCAAGUUGCAGAGAUAUUGGACAGGUACAAGUCCAAUUCUGCUCAGCUGCUCGUUGAGGCGCGCGUCCAGCCCAGUCCAUCGAAACACGCCCCCGCAGCCCACCCCCCUCACCACUGCGCCGUGUGCAUGCAGUUCGUGCGGAAGGAGAACCUGCUCUCGCUGGCCUGUCAGCACCAGUUUUGCCGCAGCUGCUGGGAGCAGCACUGCUCCGUGCUUGUCAAAGACGGUGUGGGUGUGGGAGUCUCUUGCAUGGCUCAGGACUGCCCACUUCGAACACCAGAGGACUUUGUGUUCCCAUUACUGCCCAACGAAGAGCUCAGAGACAAAUACAGGCGCUACCUCUUCAGGGACCACGUGGAGAGUCAUUACCAGCUCCAGCUGUGCCCCGGUGCGGACUGCCCCAUGGUCAUCCAGGUGCAAGAGCCCCGAGCUCGCCGUGUGCAGUGCAGCCGGUGCAGUGAGGUCUUCUGUUUCAAGUGUCGUCAGAUGUAUCACGCCCCCACAGACUGCGCCACCAUCCGGAAAUGGCUCACGAAGUGUGCAGACGACUCGGAGACCGCCAACUACAUUAGCGCUCACACUAAAGACUGUCCCAAGUGCAACAUCUGCAUCGAGAAGAACGGAGGCUGCAAUCACAUGCAAUGCUCCAAGUGCAAACACGACUUCUGCUGGAUGUGCCUCGGCGACUGGAAGACCCACGGCAGCGAGUACUACGAGUGCAGCCGGUACAAGGAGAACCCCGACAUCGUCAACCAGAGCCAGCAGGCGCAGGCCCGGGAGGCCCUCAAGAAGUACCUGUUCUACUUCGAGCGGUGGGAAAACCACAAUAAGAGCUUGCAGCUGGAGGCGCAGACGUACCAGCGGAUUCAUGAGAAGAUCCAGGAGCGCGUCAUGAACAACCUGGGGACGUGGAUCGACUGGCAGUACCUGCAGAACGCUGCCAAGCUCUUGGCCAAGUGUCGCUACACCCUGCAGUACACAUACCCGUAUGCCUACUACAUGGAGUCCGGGCCCAGGAAGAAGCUGUUUGAGUACCAGCAGGCGCAGCUGGAGGCGGAGAUCGAAAACCUGUCGUGGAAAGUGGAGCGCGCGGACAGCUAUGACAGGGGGGACUUAGAAAACCAGAUGCACAUAGCGGAGCAGCGCAGGCGGACCCUGCUGAAGGACUUCCACGACACCUAG